AUGUAUGAGAUAGGAAAAAUGAAUAGACAGAUGGCUGACAUUAUCUUUCAGGAGAGCAAGCUUGGAAACGUAGUCUCUGGCGGAGACAAGCCCGUAACUGGAGAAGUUUACUUUUCUGCAGUCAACGAAAUCUUCAAAAUCCUUUUGGACGAUGAAAAAUACCUGAGUGCAACCAUAAGAAAUUUUGAAUCUAAGGAGCAUCACAUCGUACAACCUCAAAAAGAAGAAGGGGAAGUUCCUGGGAUAGAAAAAAAGACUCUAGAAGUCAUGAAGAAAAUUCUUCAUUCCUCAAGGCGUCUUCUGUUUGAAAAUCCGGAUGGCCUUUUUGAAGUAAAGGAAUGGAACCCAGACAAUGCCUCUCUGUCCAUAGAAAACUUUAUGGACUCAAUCUCAAAAGAGGUAGGGAGAUGCAUUCUAGGGGAAGAUCCGAUUCCUGGCUUCAUGAUACUCUACAAGACAGGAAAGUAUAAUGACAUUGUAUCCCUCUUAGAGGAAAUUCCUCACAAGCCAAGCAUACUCGAUCUCAAGAUUACGGUUCCAAUAUAUGCACAGUGGGAUACCCUAAGAAAUCCCAUUGCUAGCAUAUCCACUUAUGUACUCCUGUCCAUCUUUUGCACCCGCCUCAAAGUAGAGUCAUAUGUUCUUCACCUAUACUCAUCAAUAUGGUCUUAUUCUUGA